AUGUUUCCUUUUCUUGUCUUUUCUCUCCCUAGUCCUGUUUCGGAGACUCAGUGUCGUCUUCUCUUCUUGUUCAGCUUUUUCCAUCAGCAGUCAAAUUAUGCAACGUCUUUCUUGAGUGUCUGUACCCAAGAUGUUCGCAUGGCAGUCCCCAACAAGCCAACAUUCUCCUGCUCACAAUUUUCUUUUCCCUUGUCUUUUUAUAUUAGUAACAACAUACACGCAAUUAAAUACGCCCUUUUUCCGACACUGACAUCAAUAUUCACUAUUUUUCUCUCUCUCUUACACUUUAUUUUCUUUUCAUUCACUAUUCACUUUUUCAUUGUCUUCAUUUUUUUGUGCUCUCUUUUUCUCUUUAGUUUAUUUUCAGUUUUAUUUACCUCUUUCAUUACUUACUUUUACUUUUUCUUCAUCCAUUCAUACUCUUUCUUUAUUUUCCUUUUAUUUGCCUCUUUAUUGACAUUUCUUUCUUUUUAUUUCAACCUUUCAUAUUUUCAUCACUUCAUGCUCGUUUCUUUCUUUCUUUCUUUUCAGCUUCUUUUUUGUUUAACUCAUUUUCUCUUAUGUAGAGUAAGAGAAAAGUGUACAUACCUAACUUCUUUUUACAUUUUAAAAAUUUUUUUCUUUCUAAAUUCUUUUGCUAUCUCCAUUUCUUCAUUUAGUUUUUCCUCCUAUGUUUUUCAUGAAUUGUGUGCAUUAAUUUGA